UGCGCUGUACAUUAUUUGUUGCUAUCACAGUAGCGGGUUGGCUAAAGACCCACGCCAGACUUCAGAAGUUUGAUUACAGGUGUUAUUUUCCUUCCACUUUACAAUAGCAGUCUAAUAUUUGUUGUGAUAUCAAACCAAAUCCCAACAGAUUAAACUGAAGUUUGUGGUCGUCAGAUGGUUUUAAAUGAGUUUCUCACCCUUAAUUUGCAUGCACAUGGAAAUCCAGAAAAUAGAUUACAAAGCACAUUGAAAUAUUAUUGGAAGAGGACUGAUGUGUUUUACUAAUGCCAACUGAUCAGUUUGAUUGGUGCGCCUUACGUGAUGUCAUCGCACCUUAAAGCAGAAUUAGAAAUUUACCCAGUCCUUUUUUUUUUCUUUCUUUUUCCAAUCUUUUUAUUAUUAUUACUCACAUGUAAAAUUCUCCAUUAGAAACUCAUACUUCAUCACAAAACUGCGACAUUACGCUCAGUAGGUGUCAUGCAUGUCUUCAGCUCCUAAGUGUUCAUCUGGUUGUCUCUUUAGGACCCGGCUGCACCUGCAGGUUUUUCUGAAGCCGCUGACGUCAGCUGGAAACGGCGCAGGUCUCCGCCGCGCGGCGGCAGCGGCGCCCCAACAGGCGCAGCGUCCGUCCAGCGCGCAUCGAAUCGCAGAGGCGGCUGCCGCACUCCGCCACGUUCCCGCGACGCGACGCGCCGCGACGCCGUCUCUCCCAUUCCCACGCAUGCACCCUCCGCUUCGGCCGUGAGCCCUCCGCGCCUCUCCGACCCCGCCAUGUCCUCGGCCGUCACGGAGACGGAGGAGUCGGCGCACAGCUCCCCGCUGACCCCGCUGAAGCUGGUCGGGCUGGUGUGCGUGUUCUUGGCGCUCUGCUUGGACGUGGGAGCCGUGAUGAGUCCGGCGUGGGUGACCGCCGACGACCAGUACUACCUGUCGCUGUGGGAGUCCUGCUGGAAGCCGGGGAGCUUUGAGAAGUGGGAGUGCAACAGCACGCUGGACAAAGACUGGCAGGUUGCCACACUGGCCUUGUUGCUAGGGGGCGGAGCCUUGGUGCUGAUGUCAUUCCUAGUCGCUUUGGUUGCCGUGUGCAUCGGUACAAGACGGCGGUUCUACGCUCUCGUUGCCUUCAUGCUCUUCGCCGCAGUUGUCCUCCAGGCCUGCAGCUUGGUCCUCUUCCCCAUCAAGUUCAUCGAGAGUAUCAACCUGAGGAUCUAUCAUGAAUUCAACUGGGGCUACGGGCUGGCUUGGGGAGGGACCAUCUUUUCCUUUGGUGGGGGUGUCCUCUACUGCCUCAACCCAAAGAGCUAUGAGGAUUAUUACUAACUCCAAUAACAGCUGGGGACUUCACAGCUACAUUGUGGCAAAGAAGUAAAGAUGGGGAUGGGGGGUAUGUUUCUUUUAACACCUGAUUUCUGAGGAUGUGCUGGAAGUAAUGAACAUCAGAUUUGAGUGCCCCAAGCUUUGACCGUUGGAAUUAAAGCGGAUAGUCAAGAUAUCAUCCUUUUUUGCCUCUGUCAAAAGAACUUUUGAUGCGGACUCAUCGUCUUGGCAACGAUUGCUAAGACUUGUGUAUCAGCCUUCAGAAAACCUGUCGGCCGUAGUCUCAACAACUCUCCCUCUGUUCUUGGCUCCACAAACCCAAGUUUUUGACUGUUCAUUAGAAAAUUGUUGCAUGUUCUUUGGCUGAAUCCCUUUGAAUUUCUUCCCCUCGGUUUCCAGCUCCGUUUUCAAAACCUACGGCUUGGUUAGACUUAGAAGCCGUUUUGUUUUUCACAGUCCUUUGGAGUCCCUAAGGUUCCGCAAGGGUGUGGAAGCGGAUCACAUCCUCAUAACUUUACAACAGACAGACUCUUCCUGGAGGAAGGUGAGGGCAGGAAUAAAGAAAACGUAAGACACCCACUCAAUAUUCCGUUAUCGACCCACUUGUCUGUUACCACGGCAACCCACGGGGAGUGCACAUGCAGCUGUCAUGAUUGAUUACCCACGGUCGGGGAUUGUAAGACAGUACGGCCCUCCGAGGCCUCAAAGCAUCUUCGAUUGCCAAUUGAACGAAGUUUCUCCAGCCACCUGUCAUUUGGUGUACGGUUUCACCCUCCGGUAAUUCUCUCUGUGAAAAAGGAGUGUUGUCAGCCCGUCAGUAGUCAGGUUUACAUGCACAACGGCCAUGAGAUAAAGGAGGAUUGUUCUGAAUGGAAUCUUGUAAUUACGCACUCAUCUGAUUGAGAUUCCUCGGAGCGCUCAUGUCUUGUCUCAUUUCCUGGCUGCAUUUGGUGAAAUUGCUCGGCCCAGUUGGGGGUGAAAAGAAUGGUUUGACUCAGUCUGAUGUAAAAACAAUAUCUCACACAAAAAUCACAUCCGUACCUUUAAAUGAAUUCAAACGGGUGCAGAGAAAGGGUGAAUGUUCAGUCUUGACUCUUUAGAGAGGGCAGUUUAUUGGAGAUCAUUCAACUUUUCUUGUACUAAGUACUAGUUUUAUCAUGGUUCCACACAGUAUUCAAGAAUUUACUCAACAGUACUCCAUUUGUGCCUUUCUCCAAGUCAUCAACACAUUAGGCUGUAUUCAGUAUAUGUGAUCAGGAAAAGCAGGAGUGGCAAGACCUCCACUUGUACAUUUUUGCUAUAAUCCAUUUGAUCUUGUAAUUUGGGCGUUCUGUGUUCCCAGAAGAAAAAAGAUCUAUAUGCUUACCUCUGAAAUAGCUGCGCUACAGGUAGAAGAUAUUGGCUUUAAUAGGAAACUUAACUCUUGUCAGUAUCCUGUGCCUUUCAAAAAGCAUCCUUUCCCCUUUUGGUUGUCCACAUUUUUGUCAUGUAACAACCUCAGACAUUGAUGCAUUUUAUUGUGUCUGCAGGUCCAACAUACAGUCCCGAUCAAAUGCAUUGGAGCUUGUGGUUGCAAUGUGUUAUAAUGUGGAAUGUUUAGAGCAAUUUUGCAAAACAAGUAAUGAGUAAUACCUUGUUUACACAUCAUGCUGUGUCUUUUACUUACGACACUAUUUACAGCUUCCAACGAAGCAAUUGUUAUAGAUUCACAUUUACUCCUACCAGCCAGCAUCUCGAGAACACAGAGGGAAUUUAGAGUAAACAAAUCCCAGCCUUUCGUUAAAAAUGUACAAAUGAGGGGUAACUUAAGAAAUUUCAAAGUGGAGUUUUAUUUGGAUGUUAAUCAAUGGCCUGUUUGUAGUAGAUCAUUUUCUUAGUCUUAGCCAGACAGCUUUGUUUGCCCAUCUCUCUGACUAAUCAUCACACACAUCUCAAACAGUUUAAUUUUAAACUUGAGAAGAUCAAAUGUACUCCAGUCUCACUUAAAAAACAACUGCAAAAUAGUCAUUAGCGUAGCAUCAAUAGAAAACCCUGACACAGAUGCUAACUUUAGCAUAGUUAGCCGCUACAGGUUAGCCAAUCACAAUAUUUUCAGAACUGAAAAAUCUUUCCUAUUUUAUCUAUCACUCUGUUAGCGCUUGAGAUUAUUCUCAGUCAGUUCGACAAAAAGUCUUUCCCAUCUAGCAAGCAAAUGGUCAGAUGACAUUCACUGACGGCAGUUAUAUAUAUUUUUUUACCAUUUCUUUUGCCUUGGUAGUCUUUAAUCUCAUUUUGAUGUUGUAUCUGCAAGCACUUUGUGGACACUUCUGGAAAAUGUACAAGAACAUCAUCAAACGUUUAGCGAAUGUUGUUUGCGUACACUCAACGACCAGACAACGCUCCCGGAAUGUUUUAUUGUGUUUCGUGUUGACAUUCAGAGAACGUUGUCUGCAAAUGUUCGCUGAAAACUGAUGACGAUGGUCAGGGAGCGUUGUCUGAAUGUUCAUUGUUAGCUUGGUAUUAGCCAACUCUGUCAACACAACUGGUCAAACAGGAAACGACUUCUACAACCAGAAAUAACAAGGAAACAACCAAAUCUCACUGUAACAGCUUACAUCUAUAACCACUAUACCAUGUUCUAUACAUUUGAGUGCAGAAAGCCACUGCUACCUCUUAGCUAGCCUCUCUGUUAAAAACAAAAUGCUAACAGAAUUUUCCAGAUCACCGAAUCUAAUAACUCCUUAUAACCUGGAUCUGCAGUAAACACUGUCACAUUCUACACGCCAGCUGUGAUAAUGCACAAUGCAAAUAUGUUGCUACAUACAACAUAUUCAAGCAAAACGAAUGAAAAGGUCUAUCCCCUGGUGUAUGUAACCAUGGCUACUGACAUAUAAGUCGCUCCUAGUGAUAAAUUCAAACUAUUUUCUUGGACCAAACUGUUCUCCUCUUGUCAACUGUAAAUGUCAGGAACCUAUGCAUCACUCAAUAUGUAGUUUCUGGUUGAAGACAUUCUGGGAUGUGCUCAGUUGCACAGAGGAAGAAAAUGUCACAAUUAAUUGAUCUAAGAAAUGGUAAAAAAAAAAAUAAAAAGUAAGUCUGGUAUUUUACUUCAACGCUCUAUUGCAUAAAACAUCAGUCAGAGUAGCUGACUGAUGAUUUUAUUUCUGUUCUCCCUGCCACAUAAUCUUGGGUUGACAUUUUUUAUCCAGAUUGUGUCAUAUUUUGAUUUAUUUUUAUUAUUCCUCUGCAAUAUUAACAUUAGUUAAAUAUAAAAGUCUGGCAAAAAAAAGCAAGCUUUAAAGAGGGAGAUUUUUUUUUUUUAAGUAUUGCUGUUUAGUUUUUCAGAGAUGCCAAGGGUAUCUUCAAAGCAUCAGUUUUUUUUAAUUUAUUUAUAUUAAUUACUUUAAUGGUUCCUCUAUAAUUCCUAAUUGAGUAUUUUUUAAAAUAAUUUAUCAUCUGCUAUUUUCAAAGUGUCUCCUUUUUUACCCUACAUUCUGUUUCCUAGAUAACUUUCCUCUUCUUGGGAACUCGUUUUUCCGCCCCACACUCCAGGUGUGUAGGGAUUUGAAUGCAAAGCAGUUCUCCUGUGGAUUCUUGGAGAUUCAAGCAGCGUCUUUCAUUCGCUGUCCUUUCAUUGUCACAUAUUUACCGCGGAGCACUGUCAUGCAACCGUCAUCCCAAAAUAGGAUCCAGGCCGACUCCCCAGCCACCAAAAACAAAUGAAGGACUUGGAUGGCGGCCACCCCGCUGCAGGGAAAUGACAGAAGUCCGUUUAUUUCACGUCGAGGAGCAUAGCAUUGAAGGUUUGUACGUUAUACAAAAAACUUAUGUCGUCUUUUUGACACAUUAAGCUUCUUAUGGUCCUUUUGUUACUGUUCUGUACUUUUCUCCUAUUGUCAUUUUGGCACCGCUUAGACCAUGUUCGCCGCAUUUUCCAAAACUGAAACUCUUUUCUGUUUUUUUAUGCCUAAGCAACACCUUUCUGGAUUUUACUUUUUUAAAAUGUGAUUUUCUUUUUUUAUCUGGUUUUGCCGGCAGAUCCUAAGCAUGGCUAAAGCAGUUUCAGGCUAAAGGUUCCUAUCCCCAAUCAGAAAAAACUGUUGCUGUACUUUCUGACAAAGAAAGCCAGAGUGUUCCUCACUUUGCAUAUUGUAAUAAUCUAAGGAAUAACCAGUCCACACAUAUACAUCACACAUAUUUUUUCUUUUAAAUCCACUUUAAAAGAGCCUUCAAAAAUCUGUUUAUUCAUUGUAGGACCUCUCAAAAUUUGGCUAACCUUGUAUUUUGGCUCAUAAUUUUUGUUUUAAUAUCAAAACCUUUUCAAAGAAAACCUGCUUCUGUAAAAUCAACUCACUUUGAGUGAAAAACCCCUCCAAACAUUUAAUCCAAUUAGUAAUUUAUUUACUGUUCCACUAACCAGUCACUCUCAUUCCUCCCAGUAAUUGACUGAAUAAACAGCUACUUAAUAAUAAUGACUCAACUCAUUAAUUAAAGAAUGUAAAUGUAAACUGAAUUAGAAACAUGGAAAAAAUAGUGUAAAUGUAAUGCAGUGUGGUUACACUGAACAGCAAACUGCAACAUUUACCAAAAUAUAUGUUGAAACAUAAUUCAAAUCACGUGAUUUUAUGUCUUGCUCUUUUCUGACCACUUUGAUUGAGCUGCAAACGAAAGAAAAUGUAGCUACAAGUGAUUCAUUUUAGUUUAUUUGUAUCACGACACCUCAAAACAAAAGUUUAUGUCAAGGCACUUUACAAGAAAAAAACUGAUUUUCAAAUGUACAAAAAUACACAAUAAAUAAACACACUCCAAAACAACCCAAUCUUAACAUUUUCAUUUGGUUUUGGUUACAUUUUAGCCUAGCGCUGCUUUAUUCAUGCUGUGGAUUUCAUCCAAUCUGGAUAAUUAUCGCCACCUGGUGGCACAGCAUAGGUACUGCAGUGACUGACUGGAAUCUCACAUGUUAUUGUUUCAAAAGGAGAUUUUGUUUUGGUUAUUUUGUACCGCCUUUCUAUUCUUGUGUCUUAUAGACGAUCGCCUUUUCUUAUUUCAGGACAAUUUUUCUAAUUUGUCUCAUCUUAGGCGAUCUAAGGGGAACACAUCUGAUGGAUUUAUUUUUAUCACAGCCAUCACUUUGCUUACGAUUGUGUCAUUUAAGCUUUAUUGGGGCGUUUUGCUGACUACGGAUGUCUUCAUGUAGCAACUACACUUUAACAGAACCGGAAGUUAAAAUAAGCAUGCGUGUUUCAAUGAUGCUUUAAUAAAAGCAAGACGUGAGAAGAUACACUGAUGCUUUUUAAGACUGACACACACACACACAAAACCUCUAUAAAAGGUUCAGUCCCACAACAAAGACUUACUGAAUUAUUUUCAGACUCAGGCAGCUGCUUGUUCAGAUUGUUCACCCUGGAUUUGAAGCAGAUUUAAGUACUUUAUUAAAGAAAUGCGGCAUUUCUUUAAUAAAUCAGAUCAGACUGGGUCAGUUUGAGUGCAAUUAGAUUGGUUUUGUUUCUUUUUUAAACAAGAACAGAAACAAUAUUUACAAGAUCCUUCCUGCACCCGUACAAUGCUUCUUUCGUUUCUCAUCCCUUUGUACGUUUUAGCCGAGGUCUGACUUAGCCGUGACUGUUAGCAUUUGUUUGCUUAGUAACACAGUUGAUGAAAAGUAGAGGCUUGUAAACAGAAACAGCUCCUCUUUUUUUAUACCUCCUCCCCCAGUAGACUGGGAGGGGGAACAUUGUUUAAUGAUGUGCGUAGGGAUUUAGUGUGGAUGAUUGCAGAAAUGUACAAGUAUGCGUGGCAGGCAGAAGAAGGAGAAGAAAAAAAAGAGUCUUAUUUGUGCAUGUGUAUUGGCAUGUUUUAGAUGCCGUCGUAGAGAUGUCACUAAUCAGCAUUUAUCUCUUUGUACACAUUAAAGCACUGAACUGAGA